AUGCGUGGCGAAAGCUCCCGUGGGGUCGCCGAUUAUGUGCAUUUGGUUAUUGUUUGUUCAUGACCACUUCUCAUUGGCUCAGCUGCUGCUGGGGAAAUUUAUCGUUCUUCUAUCGAUAUUCGACGUUUCAGAUACAUCUUUGCAGAGUUUUGUGAAAAGCUCAUAACCGGACUUGGACAAUCGGACCAACUUUUUGAGAGUUAUCGGUUUGUUCUUGUUCAUUCAUAAGUUUAUGUCGUGUUCGAAGUGAUUCCGCAAAAUUAAAAAUAGCCGUCAGAGAUAGGAAGAUAUAACUGAUUUUUGGAAAGACAGAUAAAUUGGAAUUUUUUGGAAUUUCGUUGAUUAUGGCAUUAGCUUCUUGUGAUAGCUUUGAAUGAGCGAUGAAUAACAUUUUUUUUAAUUUGAAAAAAACUAACAUCUCCAGAAAGCCUCUGUGUUUAUUCUAGUUUUUCCUACUUAAUCUUUCUGCUCCCAGCUUUUCGAGCCUCUGAAGGCAAAGCUAAAAAUAGCGCACGCUUGAAAUGAAAAAGUUUCAUCGGGACGUUCGCCUCAACACUUAUUUGCGUUAUUGCCGAAUUUCGUGUCCAAUUUGGGAGUUGUCCAAGACGUGCGAAACGUUCAAUUUGGCCGGGUAAUUGGCAUCGUUUUCUCAAAAACUCAAAUCCAAAGAGACUUUGACACUGAGCCUCGCGUAGCCCAGAGAAUCUCAACUUUCAUAGCGUCUCCGACUUUCUGAUAUCUUUUUCAUUAAUUUAAGUGUCAUUCCUCCCAUUUGAAAUAGUUUGGCUUCCUUCGCUGAAAGCUUCAUUCAAGCCGACGAGGGAAUAGAGUGCGCAGACAAGUCUGAAUACCUGAAAUGUGUAGUAGCCACAGUUCCUCAUUUUUUUACUAAAUGUAAAUUCAAAAACUAAGAGAAUUUCAUUCUGACAACGUUAAAUAUAUUUUUGAAUAAGCAAAAAAAAAAACAAAAAAUAAUGUACACUUCUCUGAAAAACACGUUUCUUCUCGAGACUGACCACCAGAACUAGCAGAAAUCGACUUUUCUUUUUCUCAGAAUCCAUUCGAAGCGGAAAAAAAUGCGUCGGACAAAACAAGACUGCUGCACUUUGAGAGCACGCGCGAGUCUUCCGGCAGAACAGGUGGGCGGAGCCUGACAGACUCCGCCUCUUUGAGUCCGACCAGACUCGCCCUGUCACUCCUGGUCUCACUCCUCUAUCCUUCUAAAUUCAAUAUUAGUUCCUUAUUCGAACAUUUAUUUUCCUUUUUUUUAUCAUAAAUACUGGAUAUUUGGAAUUGACUUUCGAUUAUGAUGAUUUUGGUGCUUGAACGUAAUAAAGAAGCCUUAGAAAAUAAAUAAUAGAAUCCGUUCCAUUCGAUUAAUGAGUUUUGCGCAUCGCUUUUCCGUUUUUAGAAAACCUCGAGACUUCAAAUCACGACCUUACAACAACAAAAAAAGCAAAACCAGAUCUUUUCUGGUUUUCAACCUCAUUCCAAUUUAAAUUCGCCCCACUUCUUUUUUUGCCUUUUCGACGGGGGGUAGCCCAAAUUGUUCUUGAAUCUCGAAUUAGCUGUGGUUCGACUUGAGAAUAUUCUGAGAAAAAAAGACUCCCGAAUCGUUUAAAAAGAACUUCUUUGACAUUUGAGUUCCUAAUGUUCUUCUUUUUCUUUCCCUUCUGUAUUUUUUUAUCAAGGACAAUUGACUUUUUAUAACUCAUUAUUAUCAAUUUUAAAGGAAUCGAAAUGUCAAAAAAACAACACGAAUGUUCAAGUUAAAGUUGAGAAAAUGCGAAAAAAUUUAAAAGAGGUUCUCUUUUUUUUCACGAGUUCUCUUUUUAACUAGGAUGUGUCAAGCUUCCUCGGCGACUCACUUUUUUGACUCAUUCAACCCCUCCUGAAUUAACUUUCGAAAAAAUCAAUAGAUUUCCUUUCUUUGGAAAUCUUGUUGAAUGAGCUCGCACAUUUUCGCAUAUUUUUGUAGAGCUCAAUCUUUGAAAGACGCUUUUCUACACAAGAAACCGAAAUUUCAAAACUUUCGUUAAAAUUAAAUUAACGUCUCAGUUAAACGUUUUUUGAGAGUAUCAGCUAUUCAAGCUUCAAUCUUCUAAAAGGUAAAUGUUUCCAAAUUUGUCUAUUUCUCUCAGAAAAUUGGAAUCUGGCUUCCAACUUGAUAAGCCCCAACCUGGCCUAGUUGUCGUAUCAGCAUUUCGCUCGAGGUCGUUCUCUAUUUCGUGCUCUCUUUCGCUUCGCCGCUUCCAAACAAAUCCAUUUUUCGCGCAGCCCGUUGAUCUUCCGCAUUACAGAAGACGUUUCGAAAACGGCGAAUCUAGUGGCCGACGGCACCUCUUCGCACUCUCUUUUCACCACGUUCGUUCUUUUUUCUGAAUUUCUUUGAAUCUUUUUUGGCUGAGUGACCUCUGAAGCCUCAUUAGUUAGUAUUUUUUUCUCGCAGUCUCGCUAAAAAGAAGCUUUGUUAGUCUUGUUUUCUCAAACUGCUAUUCAAAUAGAAGGUUUGAGAAACAUAUGUGAACGGAAAAUUCUUUUUUGAUAAACUGGAGAAUACAUUUUUUUUAUUGGAAUAAUUUAAAAUCAUCAAGGGAUUCUGUUGACGAUCUGCACAUUUUAAUAUUCGCCGAGUUCUCUCUGAGAUAGCUGGAACGCUUUCAAAGAAAUUAAAAUUAUUGUAAAAGGUUGAUUUGGAAAUAAGUUAUUAAAGUUUCAAGUUUUUCUUAGGAUUAAAAAAAAUUUCUUUUUUUGUUACCUACUGACCUUCCAAUAUGAUUUAGAUAUGAAAGAAAAAAAAAUUGAUGGGAAACCAAGGAUUUGCAGGUAGUGGCCAAUGCGAUGGAGCUGACGGAAGUGUUCGUUUUGGCGGCGUUGCUCCUGGCGUGUCUGAGCGGCUCGGCGGCCGCGCUGCGCUGCAAAUGCACCAAGGAGUCGGAGACGGUCAGCUGUACCGACGGCGUUUGCGAAACCGACGUCGGCUGUUCGUUUCUUUCCUUUCUCUCGGAAAAUACGAGGAAAGAUUCCCAUCGUGACUCGAUAAUGGGAUAUUGUUGGGAAAGGGCCGGCCCUCUCAAGCCCUUGAGCCAAGCGACGGCCGGCUGAUUCGUCACUCGAGAAGUUCUCGGCCUGAAAUGCGAGGCGCCGCCAGAUGUCUCUAAACAUCCUCCCACACUGCUCCAAAAAAAAUACGUUGAGAGCUCGUGUCGAGCAGCUCUAACUAAUAUUUUAUUGCUCAGUUGGCGCUUACAAGAUGCUUCUUUCUUGCGGGGAAAAAAAGAUGAAAUUAUGAAAAAAUCGUGUCAAUUUGGACACGAAUUCGUCUUGAACAAAUUUAGCGGAAAAUUCUUUGAAUAGUACGCUCUACAAUUUUCCUGUUUUCUUCCAAUUGAACUUUCCGAAACCCUAGAAUCGGAUCAAAUUUUAUCAAUUUUAUUCUCUUAUAUAUUCUCUACUAAGAAAGUGUAACAGCCGCCUCAAGGAUCUUGUUUGAAAUUGGAAACUUUGCUUCGCGAUGCAGAAAAAUAGCUGUUCAACACUUGUUUCUUGCUGUAAUAUUCUCUCUGGUUUUCCAAGAUUUUCCAGACAAAUGAAUAAUAUUUGAAGCGUCUGAUAAGCUUUGAUAAGAAAAUAUUCAAGGAACGAGAGAAGAUUUUCGGAUUUGUGUUGGCUUUGCUCAGAUUUUCUGAAUUAUGAACACAUGCGGGAAAAGCAGUUUUCGUCGAAAAAGACCAGUCAAUCCUCCCCAAAUGGUUGUAAAUCACUUCUGAACGAGGAGUUCGUGCUGAAAAUUCGGGAAUAAGUUGUAAUAGUUCACAACCGCAGAGGACCGCUAAAAUGAAGCUCGAAGGAAUUUAGAAAGGAUUAAAGAUUUUUUGAAAUCGGAAUAUGAAGUUCGACAAUUGUAAAAUACAGGAAAAUUUUGAAAAAAACGUAAUUUUUCUCGAAAAUGUAUCUGAUAACGAGAAAAUUAUUUUUUAAGCACCAUUUCGCAAAAAGUUUUUAGUAAGUUCCUGAAUAUAGCUCACAGGGUAACUUUUUUCCUGGCUGAACUUUCGAUAAUAGUUGAAUGAACCUCAGGUUCUUCUGACUCCAGAACAAUAAAAAAUUCAUUCUCGCAACAGUCUUUUUUGGAGUUACAACAUUUCAUAAACUUUGCAGCAUAGGCAAAGUCCGAAGGGCCCUUUGAGGACCCUCCGAGGGUCCUCAAAGGGUGCUGGAAGACUCCAUAGAAAUGUUCCUUUCAGGGUGACGAAGGCUCCCUUUUUGCUGCCUUUCUGCACCCUUUUUCUGCCUUUAUGCACCCGUUACGCACCAUUUCCACGAUUUUCUCUUCAUAGCCUUUCUCCACCCUUUUUAUAGCCCAUGUUCACGUUAUUCUAGUAUUCUUUUAAGAGUGUAGACAUGCUGAUAUCAUUUUAUUCGGUCAACGUUUGGAAAUGAAUUGAUAGAAGCAGCAAACUUUAACAACAACAGGAAUAUAAAAAAACAGAAGAAACAAAAAGAAAAACAUAUAACAAGUUAACACGCUGUCUCCGUAAUUUUUCAAAAAGUUUUUCAAAAAGAGUUGGUACAAUAAAAAAAUUUUUUUUGAUUUUGAUGAAACUUCACCCGCUGUGAUAGUCUGUCAUCAGAAAUGCCGACGCAAGUUUUCAGACCGAUUCCUCCUACCUUCAGAUCCGGUGCUGAAGUUUGUUUCAUUUGAUAGUGCAAGGUUGUACUUCACAGAUGAUAGUGUUUCCUCCGACUUCUCCGUAGGACUGAGCUCAGGAAAAAUCGUUGAAAUCUGAGAAUCGUUGUUUUUAGGCCAAAAUCGGCUUUAAACUGAAUUUUUUGUUAGAAGGGUAGGCUGAAAGUCGGAGGAAACACUAUCAUCUGUGAAGUACAACCUUGCACUAUCAAAUGAAACAAACUUUAGCACCGGAUCUGAAGAGAGAAGAGAGGUAGAAAUCUCUAACCGCGGGCGAUUUUCCCCGACAGAUGCCAAGUUGAGCCUCUUCGGAGCGAUUUUCCGAGAUGACCGGUAGGUAUUCCUAGAAAGAACGCAUAGUUUCCUACGAAAAGACGCACCUGCCUACCGUAACCUAGCUACGGUAGGAGGAAUCGGUCUGAAAACUUGCGUCGGCAUUUCUGAUGACAGACUAUCACAGCGGGUGAAGUUUCCUCAAAACCAAAAAAUAUUUUUUCUAUUGUACCCACUCUUUUUGAGAAUUACAGAGACAGCGUGUUAAGAUUUGAAAAAUAGACACAAAUGUCUAUAGGUCCGCGCCAGCUCGUCACGUUUUUCUUUCCGCCAAAAGGCCAGGUCAAAUUUUACCAACUUCGCUUCAAGACCGUUGUUUCUUGCCGUUAUAAAAGCAGAAAUUUGAUAUAUAAGGUCUUUUUGGCGAAAAGAAAAGCGUGACAAGCUGUCGCGGAAUGGCCUAUAUGACAGUUAAAACACCUUAAAGAACACAUCAAUAAAUAUUUCAUCCAACCACAUCAAUAUUUGAAGGUUCUUCAUCAAUAGUUGUUUCGUUGACAUCGCCAGCACCUUGUUCUUGUGCUUCUCUCAGAUCAGCUUCUUCCGCACUGAAAAGAAUAUAGUUUUAUUGAAGAACGCUCAACGAGGAAUUUCGAAAAGCAGUAAUCGCAUAAAAAAAUAUAAAUAUAAUUACCUCUCUUGCCUGGAAAGUCCGACCGAACUAACCGAACCGUCCGAGUUUUUUUUCAGCAUGCCGUGAAAUAUAACGAAAUUAAAUUAACGGAACAAAGAAGCUCAAGAUUAAAUUUUUUUUCAAAUAAUUUACUUACCAAAAAAACCGUCGCCCGAAGGCGAUUCCCCGGCCAGCUAAAAACCUUUUUCGCAUCUUGGCAUUAAUCGUAAUCGGGAAUCUGAUCCUUAAUCGUGAGAGGAGAUCUGAAGUUACAUGAUUCUUUGUAAUUUCAUAAUUUAUAUAAACGUUUCAACAUGUUUUUUUUUUCGUAUAACUUUCACAAAAAUUUAUGCCUCAUAUCCUUGUCUUUGAAACUAAUUGAACACAUUAAAACAACGAACGAGAAAAUAUAAUUCACGAACAGAAAAAGAAAUCAAAAACUUGAAAGGAAUUUAAAAAGAGAGUUUUUAACAUGACCCUUCGGCACCCUUUUUCCAGUCUCUCCCUUUUUCCAGCAUUCUCCACCAUUCCUUCACCCUUUUUCCACCCUUUUUACUGCCUCUGCCUUUUUCCAGCAUUUUCCAGCCUUUUCCACCAUUCCCUCACCCUUUUUCCACCCUUCCUUCACCCUUUUUCCACCCUUUUCACUGCCUCUGCCUUUUUUCACCCUUUCUCUAGCCUUUCGGACUUUGCCCGAGAGAAAGCUUUUUCUAAGCAUUUUGAGUAGCUUGCAAACUGAACCGUCGUAACUCUAAAAAAGAUCUAUUGCGAGCAUUAUUUUUUCUUGUUUUGAAAUCCUGAGGUCCUGAAGUACACUUCAGAAAGUUUCAUGGAAAUUUUGAAAUAAAAAGGUUCCCUUGUCUGAAAAAAAGAAGGACAAAAAAAUUUUGGCUGCCCUUUUUCACAAAAAAUAGUUCCCUCUGAUUUCAUAAUUUCAUUAAUUUCUUUCGAGCUUUGGUUUUUUUCAAAAAACUUACGUGGUUAUGUUUCUUUUGAACUUUUCAUUUUCUUUUCCAAACUCCUACAGAGAUAAAAAUUGCGAGGAAGUUGACCCGAAGAGACAAAUAGGUCUGGCAAUUAUUCGCGCUGACCUCGACUGAACUGUUUAUAACAAAAGAGGCUCGCCAGAUCCUCAUCGUGUGCCAAACCAAAACACGCAAAAAGGGUGCAUAGAACUAUGAACGAAAUCAAAGUAGAAAAAGUUCCGCUAUUAUCGAAUUCAUUCUUGUUUACAAGUAUUUUCCCACUUUCGCACCUUAAACUGUUUUACUGAGUUUUUCAGCAUGCUUGAUGUUGGACCAUCCGACUAUGGGCGUCCACUACACCUGCCACACUCGCGGAAUGAAAAACGGCAGCUGCCACAAUAGGUAAACCUCAGGAAAAUUCCACAUUUAUCAUAUCAACUUACUUCAGGACAUCGAAAAGCGGCGUUUCUGUAAAAAUUUGCGGUUGCAACGGCCCUGACUUCUGCAAUUACUCCAUGUGGCCUGACAAGUUCGUUUAUUAUACCUUUACACAAAUAUCCGGAUUGAUACUUGCUUGGAUAGCGGGUGCUACUGGAUACUUGAAAUUUUUAAGCGAAAUUAAUUGAUGUUUUUUUAGAUUUCAAUAAACUAAAAACAAAGUCCGAGAGUCAUUUUUAAAUUUGAAAAAGGAAAAAUGAGUUCUUCGUAGAGAUAUCUAGAAAAAAGUCUGAAAGAUCUUUGAUUUUCAUACUUCCAAGAAUGAGGGCAUUCCGUCUUUCUUGCCCCUUCUUUACGAAAAAUUAUUUUCCUUCCUUUUUCUAACAUUAAUUCAUCUUGUGUAAAGGAUCUUCCCAACGAAAAAAAGGAGAAAUACUCUAUGAAGGACUUUUUCGAAAACUCAUUCAACUUUUUCUGUGAUGGCGUCUAGAGAUAAACACAAACAGCAACUUUCGAGGUCAACGAAAAAAAUUUAAUUUUUUUAAAUAUUUUUUUCUUCAUCUCGACAGUAUUUUUCAUAUUUGGAUUCCAGCCUUCCGUUCUUUAAGCUGCUUAUAACUUCCUUUCCAAGGCAUAAUCUUCCUCAUGGAGAUAAAUAUGAAAAAAGUGAUUAACUGGUUAAUGCGCUGGUCGGUGUGCAGAGUUGCAAAGAAGCUGUAAGUCACGGGCAAGAGAACGAAAUCCGCAUUUCCGGCCGCAUUGUCGACGGCUUCCUGAAGCCACCGACGCGCGAGAAAUCCCUCUUCCGGAGGCAGUAACCCGAUGAUUCGCAGUUGCGACAAACAAUACCCACCCGUGACUUCCUCCGUAGAAACUCAAUCUGGUUGCAAAAAAAGAGUUUGGAGUUAAAUUGCGCCAAGUGAAAACUGAAAAUAGCAAAUUUGAAUGAUGAAAACCAAAGAAGGAAAAGCCGAGAGUUAAAAAAUUGAAAUGUUUAUUAAACUUCUUACAUAUUUCCCGAAAGAAAAAAAAAUUGACAAAAAAAUUUCAGCGGCUGUUAAAAGCUAACAGUCCCUAAAUUGGUACCUUUAAAUUUUUUUAAAGUGAAAAACCAUUAUUCCUUUGCUUCUUUUUUCAAUGCCAUCUAACUUGGGUUUCUUCAAAAUGAGAAACAUGAUCAAAUCAAGAGUUUUUUCUCAUAUUUCACAAAGGUAGAAUUCAAAACUCGAACAAUUAUAACCGUACUCGGGCUUUUCUUAACGAAUACAACUUACAGAAGUGCGCAGUCCCUGCAAGAACAACGGCGGCAGCAGAACGAAGAAGAGAUCAACUCAACGCGGCUAAUUUCCCAUAUUUCACUGCUCACAUUUUUCACUUUCCUACGUUACUUAUUAUAA